AUGAAGAACAUGAGCGCUCUGCUGAUCCUGGUGCUGCUCUGCUCCCUGCAGCUGGUCUCCAGUGCUCCUCUAGCCUCUGAAGCAGGCUCAGAUUGCUGUGUCAAGUAUUACACCAAAAGGAUUCCAUUGGCGAAGGUGGUCUCCUACUCCAGGACCAGGAGCACCUGCGCCAAACCUGCCGUUGUGUUUGUGACAGAGAAAGGGAGGCGUUUGUGCGUGGACCCCUCAGCAUCCUGGGUGAAGAGUCACGUGUCUCAGGUGGACCACAGAUCAACCACAUCCAAACACACAUCGAAGUCAACUAAAGCCUAA